GUCAAUAGUUUGAAUGUUCACUGGCCAAACAAAAAGCCCGCCUUCCGCUUCUUCAAACACGCUCCCAAAAUGGGAACGGAGCCCUCCAUUUCAGAUUCCGAUUGGGAUCGACCUUUCACGGACGAAGAACUUGAAGCCAUCGACGCUAUUUGCAGAUCCGCCACCACCAUCUCCUCCCCUUCAUCUUCCUCUACGCCAAUCAAGAAGCGCCACGUGCUGGAGUGCACCAACGACCAUGCCUCGACAGUGUCGCCUCCCAAGACCCGCCGCCGAUUGCCUGAAUCUCUAUUCACUUUCCGGAAAGAACCACACACAUCAUUCUCUUUUUCUCCUUGCUCUAGAAAUCGGUUUAAUUUUCGUAAUAAUACUGUUCGCUCUCCCUAUCAAGAUAUGAAAUUUGGAGGCCGAAUUGUAUAUAGCAGAACUGUUGAAGAGGUAGAGAAGGCUGCAGACGAGCUUCUUCAUUUCAUAGAAGCUAAGAAAAGUAAAGAGGGCAAGUGCAUCCUUGGUCUGGAUAUUGAGUGGAGACCCACUUUUAGAAAAGGUGUUGCACCUGGGAAGGCUGCGGUUUUGCAGAUUUGUGGAGACAAUAAUAAUUGCUAUGUGUUGCAUAUCAUUCAUUCUGGGAUACCUCAAAAACUGCGAUUUCUACUCGAGGACCCCACUUCUCUAAAGGUAGGCAUAGGCAUUGCGAAUGAUGCGGAUAAAGUUUUCCAAGAUCACAAUGUAUCUAUAAUGACUUUGGAAGAUCUUUCUAAUCUAGCCAAUUGGAAGCUCAGUGGGGUUGCAAAGAGGUGGAGCCUAGCAAGUCUAACUGAAAUGGUUAUCUGCAGACAGGUACUUAUAAGAUCCUCAUAUUACUUUCACUACCAUAUCAUAUGUAUUAUUCCUUGUCUUAAUUUCUGUCUUAAGUGCUGGGGUUUAUAAUUGUGGGUGAUCCACUUCUUGGAUUUUGAUUGGAAGGGGUAGACGUGGAAAAAGAAUCCUUUGCCAUCUCAAGUUGGUGAAAAUUCUGGAUAACCAAACAUGAAAAGAGAUACAUUUACAAUGUGAAGGAGUGAGAAGUUCAGAAACAAUACUGAGUUACAAGCAACGUGAAGUUCAUUAGAGAAUUUACUUUCUUUCUUAAAGGAUACAUCAGGAGUGCAUUCUUUUUGUCAUCUUUUGAGCAACAUCAAUCCAUUUCCUCUGUGCACAGAGCUCUAUUUAAGGGUCUGUCCCCUUAGUGCUCAUAUUGAGCCGGUUUGAGCCCCAUUUUUUUAGUCGAAUGCAUUUUGGAAUAGUAGAUUGAUGAAGAAUGUGUGA